CAGAGCUUGUUGACGGAUGUAGGGCUGUACACGUGAACAACUUGGGUUGUGUGCAGUGCACGAAGUGUAGCCUCAGCUUGGAGAACAGCUGUGCCUGUGGAAGAAAGAGGAAAAGACAAAAUGGUUCGUGUCUGUGCCUUUCCUGGUUGCGGCACCAAAAUGAGACGUUACAAUCCAGAGACUUUUCACAGGCUACCUCUGCAGGAGUCUAAUUUGAGGCAGUGGCUUGCUGUGUUGCAAGUCGACGUCGAGACGCCAGUCCAAACGCUGAAAACUAAGGAUUACCGUAUCUGUAGUCGACAUUUUGAUCCGAACGACUUUUCCAUUCCUAACAAAAGGAGAUCUUGCCCUGCAAAACGCAUGCGGCUGAAGAGAAAUGCCAUUCCGAUAGCGGCGCGUCUUGCACAGGAGACUGCGCCGUGUGAGGAGAGCUGUCCCGGGAUGACCUUUGAAGUAUCAGAGUUAAACUUUGAUGAGGAAAGCAAUUGUUCAAAUGAAGAAGGAGGGGAAGCAGCAGAAGAAGAAGAAAACAUUUGUUCUAAUGAAGAAGGGGAAGAAGAAGUAGAAAGGAUUGACGACGCUGAUUCAGACUGGGAAUUGGAACUAUCUGACAAAUUAGAGAGCGAUGACUCUGACCAAUUGGAGAGUGAUGACCAUGACCAAUUGGAGAGCAAUGAUUCUGAAUUGCAUAGAAGGGUACGUCAACUUUGUCCGGAUUGCGGUGCCUUUUACUUUACGUCUAAGACUCACACAUGCGAGUAUAAAAUCAAGCCAGUUUCCUGCAACGUUUGUGGUAAGAGAUGUGUGGACAAAAGUGCCCUGAAAGCUCAUAGCAGUAUCCACAAGGAAAGCUAUGAGCACCCCUGCAAGUUCUGCAUGGUUCCCUUUAAAACAAGACUUUAUAAACUGGCCCAUGAGAAAGCUCACACCCACAAAGCAAAACCAUAUGAAUGCCCUGACUGUUCCAUGUCGUUUUCCAAGCUCCCAGCACGCAAUUUACACUUGAAAGGCCACAGGGGUCCCAAAAUACUUUCCUGCCCCCAUUGUGCUUUGGAAUUCCGGUAUCAUGGCCCUUUGGAACGACACAUGUUGGUGCACACAGGCAUGAAGGAGUAUGUGUGUGAGUUCUGCCAUCGCUCUUUCAAACAGCCGGGCCACCUUAAAUCCCACCUGCGUGUGCACACCGGGGAGAAGCCCUUCCAGUGCCAGCACUGUGACAAGAGUUUCAAUCACAACGUGAGCCUGAAGAGUCACGUUAUGAGGUACCAUAAAGAGGGAGUGUCAAAUUUUGGGCCUAUCGGACCUGUGAAACAGACCAAAAGGGCGGAAUUUCAGUCCAUGGGUAGACCCAGAGGAAGACCUAAAAGAAAUGCAGCAACUAGAGAGCAAAACUCUGUUCCUGCGGUGCGAACCACAGCUGCUGAGAUGUCAGUGAAGGGACGUUUGAGGAGAGACUCUUCCAAAGACAUUGAUGGUGAUUGGAGUGACUGGGACCGAUCCUCUGAACUGACAGAAGAGGACAAGAUGGAGGAAGUGAGGAAGAGCAAAAGGAAAUCCAGCCAUAGUUCCAAGACUUUUUCUAUUGCAGAGAAUGAUUCGGAGAGCGACUCGGACAGUCACCCUGAGGAGGAGGCUAAGAAGAGUAAAGUGGUGAAAAGUGAGAAAACAGGACGUUGUAGAGGAAGGCCGAGGACUAAACCUCUCAAUCAACAUUAAAAUCCAUUUAAUUGUUUAAAUGUGACAUAUCUAACAUACAAACACUUCUUUCGGGAACUGAGUGGGUAUAACAAAGUAGGUAUUGGUUUGGGAUUAGGGAAACUUGGAUUAAAGAAUUUUCCUAUUUUGUAUAGUGUAAAUAUUGUAUGGACAGGCAGUGGGCAGUUUUGUUUCAUCUUUGUAUUAAUAUUUGAAAUACUUUUUUGAAAUUCUAUCUAAUUACAUAUUCCCAGGAGGUGGAAUAACUGGGACUAAUGGUGAGUGUUCUUCAUGUGUAAUAUAAAACGGUAUCAUAAGGUUGCCAUUAUUAUAUUUUUGGGAUUUCAUUAGUUAGUCUGGUGACUUUGUAAGUCUCCGCCGGACAGAAUCUUUGUCUUUGAUCUGUGUUGAAUGCAAGUUUAAAUUCUGCAUCCUUUUAAGUAAUUAUUAUUGAUUGCUCCAUUAAAAUUGAGUGCUUUCCCUGAAUUGCUCUAGCCCAUUUAACGGUCCUCGUUCCCAAAAUAUCCACGUUCUUUGCAUGUCAGUCGUGAAGAGGACACACUUUUCUUAAAAGGGUGCCUGUUGAUAUCAUUCCUUUGAAAUAGCUUUCUCCGGUAAUUUCCUUUUGUGUGCUGCAAUUUGAAAUGUUUCCUAGCUCUAGCGCUUUACCCCAAUGACAGCGACGGUCGCUGGUUGUGCCAGGUUGAAGGCGGGGGAGGCAGCGCAGCAAGCUACAAGACUAGUCGCCUGCAGCGAAUGGAUCCCCUGGAUCCAGCGUGGAUCAAGCUGGCCUCAGCCAUACAUUUGCCAGCCAGCACCACAGCCCAAGGCCCCCUGCUCAGAGAGGGAGCUGGGGAAUACCGAGGGCUGUUCAGGGCCGCUUGUAGAGCUACCACUGCGGCCCAGCUGUUAGGUCUCUCUCCUCCCCGCCGGGCCAGGCACCCUAUUCCAGUUAUACCAGUUUCCGACAUUGAUAAGAUAUUUUGUACUUUCAUUUAUAACGUUAUUACUCGUAAAACAACUCAAUGAGCUGAAAUCUAAAUAAUAGGCGAUGGUGAUUUGUGCAUAUUGUUUCUGGGUUAAUAAAAAUAAUGCUCCUUCUUGGAACUUGAGACUCAUCAGGCUAUGUAUUCAAUAAUUAGUUAGCUCUUAAAUCUUUUAUUACAUUUUUUGAUUAUUUUACAUUUUGAAAGUAAUUUAAAGUUUAAAGUAAUUACAAGGUAAAUGUUACAAGAAGUACUUCGACAUUGCUGUUUGAACAUUUAAUUUAAUGUUGCCCAUGGAAAUCAUUUCAUUUUCGGUUUCAUCAACUCUGGACACAGUGAGGUGGUUGGAUAGACAUUCAACCAAUCAAAGCCACGGACCUCGUGACGCUCCGCUGAGCGACGGAAGAAUGUAAACAGGAGCAGGUUAUGGUGCAUCACAGAUAUGUCUGUGGACGAGUGGUGCCGUUUUUGCCACAAGUAUUUGAAAACACUAGGUAUCAUUGGCCACUCGACCUUGAUUUUCGGAGUAACAGGAAAGGCCAAAACCGUCUUUCAUCGCCUUGUCGAUCUGGGAUUGACUUUGAGAAAAAGUCCUGAAAGAUCCAUGCGAUCGUGUCGGAACUGUAUCACCCUACUCUCUAGAAUCGAGAGGGAUUUAGCAGUCUUCAGAAAAUGGGAAGUCCAGGAAAAACAAGCCGAUUCAAACGAAGGAGCGUCGGCCUCCACAACAACAGAUAAAGGGGAUCUGGAGACUGCUCCUUCAAAGACGUACAGGGCUCCAAAAAAGACUGCACCAUGUGAGGAGUGCUGCCCCGAGAUAACAUUUGACAUAUCAGAGUUUAUCUUUGAUGAGGAAAGCAAUUUUUCAACUGAAGGAGGGGAAGCAGAAGAAGAAAACAUUUGUUCGAAUGAAGAAGGGGAAGAUGAAGAUGAGUUUGCCGUCUUUGAAACAGGCUGGGAAAAAGAAGAUUUUGACCAAUUGGAAAGCGAUAACUAUGACCAGUUGGAAAGCGAUGGCUCAGAUUCUGUAUUGCAUGAAGGUUUACAACACCUUUGUCCAGAAUGUGGUGUCUUUGUCUCCACGUGCAGGAUUCACAUUCACACAUGCAUGGAUAGUAACAAGCCGUUUUCCUGCAAUGUUUGUGGCAAGAGCUGUCUGGACGCAAGCGCCCUGAAAGCUCACAGCAGUAUCCAUGGGGAAAGCUUGCCCUUAAAAACAAGACUUGAUCAACCUCCCCGUGAGGGAGCCCACAUACCCUGUGCAACACCACAUAAAUGCCCUGACUGUUCCUUGUCGUUUUCCAACCUCCCUGCACUUAAUUUACACGUCGAAGGUCACAGCGGCCCUAAAGUAUUUUCAUGCCCCUAUUGUACAUUGGAUCCCCUCACGGUCUCCGACACGAACAGACACGUUAUGGUGCACACUGGCAUGAAGCAGUAUGCGUGUGAUUUCUGCAGUCGCUCCUUCGACCUUCAGAGCCACCUUAAAUCCCACCUGCGUGUGCACACCGGGGAGAAGCCCUUCCAGUGCCAGCACUGUGACAAGAGCUUCAAUCACACCGUGAGCCUGAAGAGUCACCUCGUGCGGUUCCAUAAAAUAGUUUCCCUUAUGGCUAGACGCUCAGAGUCAAGCCAACCAGGGCCCUCAGGGGCCCCGGCAACAGGGGGGACAAACUCUAUUCCUGCUGUGCAAGGGAAGGCCCUGGACCCAAUUACAACAGCCGACACGUUCGAUGUGGGCUAUUUGAGGAAACCCUCUUCCAAAGACAUUGAUGGUGAUUGGAAUGACGGGGAUCGAACCUCAGAGCUUACAGAAGAAGACGAGACGGAGGCGAGCAAGGCAGUGAGGAAGAGGAAGCGGAAAGCCAGCCUUGGACCAAAGACCUAUUAUAUUGCAGAGAAGGAUUCUGAGAGUGACUCGGAUAGCAGCCCUGAGGAGGAGGAGGGUGAGAAGAGACAAGCUGUCAAAAGUGAGGAAAUAGGACGAUAUAGAGGAAGGCCUAGGUAGAAAUGUUGAAUGUUCAAACAAAAUUUAACCAGAACUGGGUGUAUGUAUUUGUUUGGGGUUGGGAUUAAGAAUAAAGGCAUUCAAAUGUAUUCCCAUUAUGUAACUAAAUUACACAUUGGAUGCUCAGUGAUUUCUACCACCAUGUCUAAUGGACGCAAGCAGCAAACAAGACCAUUGGUCUUGUUUUUACAAUUUUAUAACUGGGCAAAAUAAUUGUUUGCUGUCCAAUUAUCACCACAAUCAGAUGAAAUGAAUGGCUUAAAAGGCUUUAAGCCAUUUAUUUCAUCUGAUUGUUGCUGAGCAGAGCUUUUGCUGUCAUUGACUCCAUGUUUCUGAGAACCCACAUAAAGUUAAUACUAAAUACCCCAAAUGGGCUGCAAAGCCUUGUUUGGUCUUAUAUUGACAAAAGCGACCAUAAGACACACAUUUACAUUACAUGUUUAACACUAACAUUUGUUUGGUAACACCUGACACACAGGGUUUGAUCAACCAUUAAUUCAGCAAUUCCAUAUCAAUCAUUGUUAUAUCGGUUAGUGUUAACUAUUAAAUAAUGUUUUGAUUAAUACCGUCCUUAGUUGACCUACAUUAACAUUAACUUACUUAAGAUGACAACCAAUUGUAAACAUUACUACUAAAUUUAAAGAAAUAAUUUAGUAACUAAAUUAUUUUCAGAUACAUUUUUUUAACUGUUAACUGUUAAUUAUCUGUUUGUUAAUGAUCAUUACUGGCUUUAACUAAUGUUAAUUAAUGGUAACAUAAUGCACCCUUAUUGUGCACUGUCCAUUUUAUAUAAACUAAAAUGUCAGUCUUAACGUUGUAGUUGCUGUUUAUUAUUAAUGAAAUGUCAAUUUGUACGUAAUCAUGCCAAGCUUUGGCUGCCUUUUUCUGAUACGUUAAGUUGGGUGAAUUGAGAAAAACAUUGUUGUUGGUGGCUAUAACGAAUUAGUGCUAGGUUACACAUUAUUAAACCUUUCUUCAUACUUUUAUACAAUAUCUUUUAAAUGAAAAUUUGGUGCCAAUUUAUCGCCGUGGAUUUGCAAGGAAUUUAUGGAAGUAAUCAUUUAAAAUCGAAAUACAUGACUACAGUCAGUCAUUAUAUACAUGAUGUCAUAGUGCAUAAUUCCUCUAGGUGUCCUCCUUGUGCCACCAAUACUGAAAUAAUUGUCACGGCUUUUUUUUAUUUAUUUUUUUUACCUCUAAUGGCUCUUCUUCUAAAAUAACUCAUCGUGCCCAUUUUAUACAAUUUGGAAGGAGCAGCUGUUGUGCCCCAUUUUCCUUCAUUCCUUUUCUUAUUAUCUAACCAAAUAACACUCUGUUGUACUGCUGCUUGAGGAUGAGUGCUCAGGUAAAAGUGCUCUUUCUACCAUCUGCUUUGUCUCUAAUAUUGGGGCCACAUCAGACUUAAAAAUGUCAGUGAAUAACUGCUGAUUUGUUCUUUUUAAUAUUUCAGUUAGCACACUUUGCUAUCCCUGGUAAUUUCCCCGUAUUGCACAAAUGAAACCUUUUUAAAAAGGAGAAUAUCAUUUUAGUUACUAACUCACAAAGCAGAUUUCAUUAAUUAAGUCAGUCUACCCUGACUUGUUUGUUUUGCCAGGACAAGCAGGUCUUGUGAUUUGUUUUUAAUUGUUCAUUAUUAUUCAUAGACACGAGGGAGUUUGAUCACUACACCGCUUAUGUUUAUUCGAUAUGCAUGUAUGUAUUAUGAUUAAAACGGUCUGUCCAGAUUA